GGUAUCGCUGUCACACGCUCCCGGCCGAGCAUAUGAGGAAACGGCGGUUUCCGCCCCCCGGCAUUCCGGCCAGGUCUGUCCGCCGCGCGAGAUAUAGCGGUGUUCCGUAGCCUCUGUCUCUUUGUCCUUGAGUCUCGUAGGGCCGUUUUCACCAACGCCUCCUAAACACACCCUCAGCAAAGGACUGCUUAAGUUUAGGCGUUACUUAAAGUCAAUUCUCACGAAAUUUGUUUUCACCAUCGUCACAUUCACUUAUGUAGGGGUUGCUUAGUUAGGGACUGGCUUGCCAUAGAGCGAGGGUUCGUACAGAUAUAAGUACUAAUAGUUUUCAGGUUGGUACUUCGAACUUUUUGUCACGUGACAUACAUAAGCCAAUCAAAUAUUUUAACUAAACGGUAAACAAAUAUCUGAUUGUUUAUUAAUUUCGCGGUAAUAGGAUGUUACGAUGUUAGUGUAUUUUCACGGAAAGUAGUAGCUAUAUGGUCGUUGCAAAGUAGUGUGAAAAUGUUUGAAACAAAGAGAAUGAAAACGCAAAACUUUUCUUCUGAUGAGAAAAUGAAGGUGUUGAGCCUAGUUGAGAGGCAUAAAAAUAUAAUAGAAAAUAAGAGGACGGAUGCUGUUUCGAGCAAAGAAAAGGACGCAGCAUGGGAGAAUUUAUCGCUAUUGUAAUUUUGUCUAAGUUUAAACUAAGUUUUAAUAGCAGAUGAAAAUAAAAAAAAUAUAUCAGUUUUUUUCCUUUAGAACAUACAAAAUUCCUUGUAAUAAAUGUUCUUUUAAGACUUUUCAAAAGAAAAACCUUUAAUUACUUCCUUAUUAAAUGAGUUCUUAAAUAAAAGUGGAGUAUGCGAACAUUCUCGAAUGUAUUUAUAAUAAAGGAUUUCACAUUAAGUUCACCUUAAAAAUGUUCCACAACUUCAGCAAUAGCAUUUGUAUCAAAAAUAAAAUGUACACCUUCGGUUAGUUCUUUGUAUUCCUCCACGGCAUCCAUUUUAUUUUUCUUGUUUUGUGACAUAAGUGCCGCUUAAAUAGUUAGGGGCCCGAUUUCCACCACUUAAACUAAGGGAUGCUUAAGAUUACUUAAGAGUUCCUUAACUGUUGGUGAAACGAUUCAAUGUGCUAGGCAGCCCUUACACAUGCCUUAAGCAGCUCUUAAAAGUUAGGGGACAUUGGUGAAACCGGCCAGUAGUGUCGCGUUACCUUCGAAUUACGGUCGAUUACUGUAAGUCAGAAUGUGGCGUUAUGUUGAGCGCAUUACCCACCAUCCCACGUCAUUCUGUCCCCCCGUAGCAAUCCGAGUAACCGAGUUCAGCACAUGUCCUUGUUCACACCAGCGUAUUUUUUUUUUUAAUUUUAAAUUUUUUUUAGGUAAAUUUCGAAGAAAGACUAACUAUUGUAGCCGUUACAAUGGAACGACUUAGGGAAAAUCUUCAUAUAGUUUUUCGUUUCAUGAUCCUUAGACCCCAAUACCAUCGUCAACUAAAAAGUUAUCGGCCGAGUUCGUUAAUGGUCAAAAUUCCAAAAGGGUAGACAUAGGGAUUUUUUUUAAAUUAAAAAUAUCGCUAUAACUCCCAUGAUAUGAAGUUGGAUCGUAUUAUAACUCGUAGGAGUAAUACCAAAAACGUUUGUCUAAAUAAAUUUGUAAUACAACCAAUCAUAACUGCCAGGGGUGGAAAAAACAAGGUUUGAAGAACAAAAAAUUCAUAUUUUUUUUAGUAGGCACACUAUCGAAUCCGUUAGAAUUUUUUGUAAAUUUUUUUAUCUAAUACUUUUGUCUGAAACAAUUUUUGAUGAAACGAAACAUUGCAGCAAGGGGUUGAAAGAACCAGAUGUUGGAAUUUAAAAAAAAUUCCGUUUUUAUUUAAAUUCCUUAAAUUUGGUCUACAACAUUUUUCUAAAGAAAAUUUGUAUGUAAUCAACAAUUACUGCAAGGGGUGAAAAUAACAAGGGUUGAAAGAAAAAAUCGUAACUUUUUUUAGUAGGUAUACUAUCAGAUCCAUUAUAAUUUACUGUAAAAACCCUAACGUUAUCUAAAACAUUUCGCUGAAACAAUUUUUGAUUAGACAAACUAUUACAGUGAAAACAGGAUGGAGGGGAAUGUGUUGUAAUUAAUAAAAUUUCAUUCUUCCGUACUAUCAAAUUUAUUCGAUUUUAUUUUAAAACAUAUUAACAUAAUCGUAAAUAUUUAUACGCUCACGUAUUUAUUUUAUUUAUUUAUUUAUUUUAUACACGAACAAAAUUCAGCGCUAGGCCGGUUUGCAAUUUACUCGUGUUCUUACAUUACAUUGCAUUAUUAAAAAUAAAACACUAUUAUACUGAACAUUGGGGCCACACUAUUGAAUACAAUAAAUUAAAGAAGCUUAAUGAAUAAUAUAAAUUAAGAAAAACAAAAACACUAAAAAAUAUUCCAAAAAAUCACUUGGAAAUAUAAAACAUGAAUGUAAGGGUUCGUAGUUAGGUAUACAAUACAAUAUGCCACAUCUGUAAAAAUAGUCUGUUGUAAUAUUUACUGGGUAGGUCAUAUUUCCAGUGCGCAGUCACCAUUAUUGUGUCAGAGUUGCAGCUGACUGUUGCUUGUGAAGAAGCGUGUUCAAGCAAGGAAUAAAAAAAAAGUGUUUGGAGGUCUAAAUAUUUACUACUACCUUAGUAGGCAUAAUACGAAAAAUUGUUCAAAGCUAUUCAAUGCUGGAUGCAGAGUUAAAAACGUUCCUAACUUUUCGCUGCAUGAAAUAUGAGAAUUUUUUAGAUCAUUUUGGAGUAUCGGAUAUUGGAGAACAUAUAGGAUGUUAUGAACAUUAAGUUUUUUAAAUGUUACAGAAGUUUAUAGAUGUUUCUAGAUCAAGUAGGGACUUCUAAUAUACCUACGCCUGUAGCCUGUGCCGAAACGAGAUUUUCUUUAUGUUUAAACAUCUUAGCUCUCUCCAUACAUGGCAUUUGGUAGGAGUAAUUUCGUCAAAAUGGAACGAAAGUCGAUGGACUGAAAUCCAUCACAAAGAUGGCGGGCCCAUGUGUGGCAACAUAAACCCGUAUAUAGUCACUUUCGUAAAUAUCAAACGUAUUAGUAUAUAUUCAAUGGUAUUAGUGUACCAAAUGAAUCUCUAUGAUAGUGAAACUACCUUGGAAUAAAAUAUUCAUAGGAAAAAGUAAACACAUGUUUUGAAAUACUUAAGACAACUGACAUUGCGAUAAUAAAAAUACAUAUUCUCCUUCUUAAGUCCCUAGAGCAGUGUUUCCCAACCGGUGGUAUGCGUACCACUAGUGGUACGUGAUCAAAUGCUGUCAAAUUAAGUUCCAUUGACUUUAAUAUUGGAAGAUUGAUAUUGGACAAACAGCGUCAAGUUUCACACUAAAAAUAGCUAUUUUUUAUGAAUCUUGAUUUUUGGACUCAAUUAAAAAUAAUUAUCUAAAUUUGAUUGUUUGUAAUGUUGUUCAAUUUUAUUAAUGUAUAUAACUGUUUGUUUUCAGAAUUGUGUGUUAUAAGUAAAACUGCCAUUUUGCAAUAGACAUGAUAUUUUUUCCUAAAUUUCAAAAAUGUCCAUAGCCUGUAUAUUAAUAUCUAAAACUAAAAGAUAAAGUUUGCCUAGUGGUAUACCAAAGUUUCUAAAAUUGUAGAGUGGUAUGCAGUUGCUAAAACGUUGGGUAACCAUGGCAUAGAGGGUUAGUAGCACAGCGGUAGAGCGUGCACUUGGUAACACUCUGGAACAUGGUUCAAAUCUCUUGGCUGGGAAAAGAUUUUUUAAUUUCAGCAUUUUAAAAAUAUAAUAAUGUUUAGUAAGCUCAAUAAAUUUGAGGUUUUGUUUGAACGAAGUAUUUGCAAACUUAUUAAAGUCGUUACAUGUUCUUAGUGUUAUAAUAUGUGUGUUAUAAAAUGUUUCAGGUUAAUAUUUUAGUAAUGCCGUAGAAAUAUGACUUCUAAUGCGCGGAGAGUCUUUAUAGUUUGAAAUAUUAAGUGAAAUUUAACAAGACAGGGAGUAUUUUAAUAAAAUUCCUUGUCGGAAUUCAGGUCCAAAGCUGGAAUUUUAUCGGAACCGCUUUUAAUAGUUUAAAAUUUUCGGGUGUUUUGUGCUGCUAAUUGCUAUCUGUCUUUGAUGGUUGCAAGCAACGUUUACGAUCCAGGCAGCGAAUUCUAGCGGCGGGCGCAGAAAGUACGUGUGUGAUUCGCAUCCAGAAAUGUUGAUAUUUGAAAAGCGACUAUUUUUAUUUAUAACUUUAUUUAUCACUCGUUAUAUUAUUUUAAAUAAUUCUACAUUAAAUUUUGUGUCCGAGAUUGGCAAUAUAAGUUCAUUUGCAACAUGAACAACAUGACAACACGUUAGUUUGCUUGCUACCGAGGUUAAAUGUUUAAACAUCACUGGCGAGUAAAUGAAAGACUCGCUAACAAUUUGUUAAGAGAGCUCUCGUUUUCCAUGCUUUCGGAGCUGAUUCAGUCUCUCAGGAUGUAAGUUCUACGGAGCUUUCAAAACUGCGCUACUCAUCCAUCCACUAUAUAUAAAAAAAAAAAAAAACGCCGCCGCGCGACUUCGAGUGCUUGGACCGCACCCUUCAGCGGUGGAACUCGCAGAAGGACGAAAGUAGAUUUGAAGCAGGGCUAUGAAAAAUGCACGCUGAAUCACGAACCAACUGCAGUGCAUUCACGCCGAUACGAAUACGUUAUAAAUUCAUCCAUUGAAAAUAUCACCCGCACUUUGCUGCUAUAAUACAGACCCAAACUCGACUGAUAAACAUGCAGUUAGAUAGGAUGCUCGAUAAGAAAUGUAACUCCAAUGUGUUCAAAUUACUGAAUUAGACUAUUUUUUGGUUUUAUACAAUUUACAAAAAUUAUUUAUCUUUAAAGUUUGGUAUCAAUGGUAAUGCAUUACUGUCGUAUGAACUUAAGGGGGCUGCUCGCAAAAUAAUUUUUCUGUUUUUCUUUGUAACAUUUAUUCAUCCUGCGAAGAGCAUAGAUUGUACCAAAUUUUAUAUUAUUUAGGCAAAUAGUUUUUAAAUAAAUCGCUAUCAAAGUUUGGUUUUUUUCAAUUUUGCAUUAUACAAAUCUUGAAAACGGGAUAAGAUAUGCCAAUGAAAUUUGGUAUAACUGAAGUAUGUUAAGUAAUCUAUUGAAGGGAUUUAAUGAAAUAGCUCAUAAAUUGUUACGAAAAAAGUGUGCAGGCAUGUAAUUAAGUCAUUUUUCAUUAGACUAUAUAAACGUCAUGGUAAUACUUAUAAGAAAAUGAGAACAUGCACGAAAUGCGUUUGGAUUUAAUUUUAUUAUUACUGUUUCACAAUUCUGGAUUGUAAUAAAAUUUUAGCAGAUUUGUAACAUGCAAGCAGUGCAUGUAUUUUUUGCGCCUGGCAUUCUGAGAAUAUAUCGGAUGCAGCCCGCAGCACUGGAGGCGCCGCGGUGUCUGGUGUUAUCGCGUCUGGAGCCAGCGCAGCUCGGCACGGCCUGGUCUCGUGGCGCGCGCUGUUGCCGCGCUGCCAGCAGGGCAGCAGCCCGUAGCUCCACUCGUGCGGCUAGCAUCGCUCAGUGUGCAACACAAAUAGUGGGUUUUUUUUCCGCGUUUCAGUAGAUUUUAAUUUAUUUUGUUUCCAAAUGGCCCCACAAAAAUUUGUGAAUGGGCGGCCUUAUAGGAAAACAAAAAACAACAAGAAAGCUAGGAUUAAAAAGAAAUUUCACGCAGAGCGAAAAUUGAAAAUUUAUAUUUCACAACAAUGUGAAGGUUCGGAUUCAAAAUUGUGCGCACCUACCGCAUCUACUUCCGAAUGCGUGCAAUUAACUGUUUCUACAGCAUCUACUUCCGGUGAAUGUGAAAUGUACCAAGAAUGUGCAGAUAAGCGUGCUGACAUCAUUCUCCAAGACCUGCCUUCAUCGCCUACGAAUUCUAUUAAUAGUAGUGGCGUUGAUUAUAAUCCAGCCUUAGAUUGGGUUGGCGUGGAAAUAGACGACGAUGAGUUUCCGCCACUAAUUGUUGAAAAUGAUACCACAAAAAGAAGUUUAGACUCUGUUAUUCAAGGACGUCGGAUUGUCAAUCCAAGCUUUCUUCUUCCUCAACUUGAAGCAGUGGGAAAACAUUCCCUUUCAUGUACAACUGGGUGUCUCCGGUUGCGAAAUGAAUCGAGGAGAGGCCUUCACUGUGUGUGGGAAUAUUACUGCGAAGUAUGUGGGAAAAUCCAAUACGUCACGACAGAUGAAAAAACAGUACAGAACAAACCUGAAAUAAAUACGCUCUUGGUUUGGGGAACGUUAUCAUCUGGUUUAGGAUUUACUCAAAUUCAAGAGGUUAUGGGUGUGUUGGACGUGCCAGUUAUGUCUUCCUCUUGUUUUAGGCAAAAUGAAAAAGAAAUUGGAAAGGUGUGGGAGGAGCACUUGGCACUAAAAAUGAAAAUGGCUGGAGAGGAAGAAAGAAAAAUAGCUAUACAAAAAGGUCAUAUUGUAGAUGGUGUACCAUACAUAACAGUUAUUGGAGAUGGCGGUUGGGCAAAGAGGAGCUAUGGCCAUGGCUACAAUUCUGCUUCUGGUGUGGGUGUUUUGAUUGGCGCUGCUACUAAAAAGGUUUUGUUUCUUUCCAUCAAAAAUGCAUUCUGUUCUGUAUGUGCCAGAGCCAAAAAAGACCAAACUGAAAUCCAACAGCAUGAAUGCUUUAAGAAUUAUUGUGGCCCUUCAACUGGCAUGGAGCAGUGCGCCAUAGUUGAAGGUUUCACACACAGUAUACAGCAACAUGGCGUUAUGUACAAGUACUACAUAGGGGAUGGUGACUCCAGUACUUUUUGUAGGAUACAGGAAGGAGUUUCCUAUGGAAGGCAAACUGUCAAAAUAGAAUGUGCUAACCAUGUAACACGUGCAUUCAGCGAGAACGUACAUAAGCUUGCUGCAAACACAUCAUAUCCACUCCAUGUACGUAGAGUUUUGAAAGACAAAAUUAAUGGCGUGACAUGCAUUGAUCGUAUGGUGAUUGGCGUGAGGGCUGCAAUAAAAGAAUCAGGUACGGACUUCAGCCAAGCUUCUGUUGAACGACUGCGUAAAGACUUGCUCAACAACCCUUACCACGCCUUGGGAAAACACAGCAACUGCCGUGAAGCAUUCUGCAAGAAGAAAGAGGAAGAAGACAAAGUAGGAAAGGUUGAGGAAGGAGGAGUCUUGCAGCAAGUUUUUAAAUGCAUCGAUAAUGUCGUUAGGAAGGCUGAUCGAGUUGCAUUCAACGAAACUACAAAUGAAGCUGAAAGAUAUAUGGCUUUAGUAGCUAAAUUCACUGGAGGGAAACGUGUUAACUACACUCUGCAGGGGUCUUAUCACAGACGUUGCCAUGGCGCUGGCCUGGCGCACACCCUUGGAGCCAGUUGGCAUCUCAGUCCUUGGAAGCGCAUGUCAGGGAGAAGCCCAGGGAAGGUGUUCAAGAACAUGUGCAUCUCAAGAAAGAAAAAAGAAAUUGCUCGUUGCCUGCGUCUAUCAGCAGAAGCAAAUGCGAAAGUUUACAAAAAAAAGAAACGCGGAGGUGAUGCUGACCGAGAAUAUGGACCGGAUGCUGCUCAGCCUGACAUUGAUGAACAUACACUGGAGAGAAAAAAGUUAGAUGUAUUGGCAAACUUGAAAUCUGAUGUGGAAACUUCCGAACAAAAGGAAACUCUAGAACGCGAUACAAUUGGACAACACAUUAACAGCAAGUGGCGCGAACAUCGAAUGAACCGCCUCACUGCAUCUAUGUUUGGUUCGGUAAUGUGCAGGCGUGAGAAGACAUCGUGUCAUAAUUUAGUGAAAUCCUUUUUGUACAGAAAAGAUCUUCACACACCUGCAAUUCAGUAUGGGAGGUUAAACGAAUCGGUAGCAAUUAACCUUUACGAGCAACAGCAAAGUGCCGAGGUUCAGAAAUGUGGUCUGUUCGUGGAUAGUGAGCAUCCAUACCUCGGUGCCAGCCCAGACGGGCUUGUAGGAACGGAUAAGUUGCUGGAAGUUAAAUGUUUGUAUUCACUCAAAGAUAAGGUUUUGGAAGAAGCAGUGACUUUGAAGGGGAAAAAAUUGUGCAUUGAGAGUGUAAAUGGGCAGCUGCAAUUGCGAAGAAAUCAUAGCUAUUAUUUCCAAAUUCAAGGUCAGUUGAAUAUUUGUGAUAGGGAGUAUUGUGACUUUGUUGUAUAUGCGGGAGGAAAAAUAAUAGUAGAAUGUAUUGUCAGGGACAAAAUUCUUUGGCAAGAAAAAAUGCUGCCAAAAUUAUCUCAGUUUUACAUGGACUGCAUUCUGCCGGAAAUCGCUGACCCCCGUAUUCCUCGCGGUUUGCCGGUUCGUGAACCAUUGUACAUAACUGAAGCACAAACGCGACACUAUAAAAAGAAAAUCAAUUCAAAAUAAGGAAACUGUACGGUUCCUACCAAUGUCGUUGAUAUUAUAACAUGUUAUAAAAUUAUAUUUACGUUAACUAAUCUGUCAAACUUGUAGAAAAUUCAGUGGUUUCAUUUUCACAAAACUAAAACAUAAAUAUAAUGCAUAAUUUUUGCAUAGUUAACUGCCAAAAUUACAUGAUUUACAAUUUUGGGUAGUACAAAUAAGGAGAAUGAAACUGAUUAUUGAACUGAAGCUGAUAAGGUAUAAAGGCAAUGUUACUGGCCUACAUGGUUUAAAUUUCUUUCAGAACCAGCUAUUUUAUUUAUCAUGGCUGUCAGAAACCUCAAGAAUUAAAUAAUUUUGAAAGACAUGUAAAAAUUAUAAAUUUUUUCUCGGCUACAUUAAAAUCGUAUAAUUAAGUAACCAGUUACAAUUGCUUUUAAAAUUAAAGACGUUUCAGUUCUGUAAUCUUUAUAUAUUUCUCAUUUUUAAUGCUCAAAAAAUGUUGAAAAAGUUCUUUUGAAAGGUAACUGUAAAAUAUGCCCAAUAUAUUAGCUAGAUUUCGUAGAAAUACCGGCUUUAGUCGCCUAUACCAUCGUGCUACUUCCGAAUUUUUUUUUUACAUACUUUUCGUGGUCUGUAGACCCCAAAACCAU